CUUCUCAGUCUGUUGUCCAGUAGCCUUCGCUGUCAGCUUCACCGUCCUCCACCUCUUCAACCAUCUGAGAGACCUUUUUUAUCCCGAUCAUGGCUGUGACCAGCCAACCAGGCGCGUUCCAGCCCUCUGACUUCCAGACCGGCGUGUGUGAUUUCUGCGACGACUGUAAAACCUGCAUCUGUGGUCUGUGCUGCUACAUUUGCAUGGGCUGCUCCAUCGCCGAUGACAUGAACGAGUGCUGCCUCUGCGGUCUGGGGAUGCCCAUCCGCAGCGUCUACAGGACCAGAUACAACAUCAGAGGUUCAAUGUGUAACGACUUCAUGUGGUCGUGGUGUUGUCCAGUCUGUACUACCUGCCAGCUGAAGAGAGACAUUGACCGCAGAAAGGAGCAAGGCAUUUUCUGAAUGGAUGCUGAGAAGUCGAGAAUUUGCUUGGCCGCCAUGUUGCUAAUUCAGCCUGCUCUGUGUCUGCUGCAGUUGUUGAUUUAAUGCUAUAUUGCAUUUUAUUGCAGGAUAUUUACUGUGUGACUCUUUUAGUAUGAUUUAAUCCUCUGAGGUCAAUGACUGUCACAUUCUCCAGCGAGUUAAUCAUUAGUCAGCUGGCCCCUUGAUGGUGGAGAAGAAGCUACACAAUCCGAAGUUACAAUAAAGUCUGAAUAUCUGCGUUGUCCUGAGCAGUCGACUGUAUGAGAAGAUUCCUCUUGACUUCAGUUGUGCAGCAUUACCAUGAGGUUGACUGCAGACUUGAAUGUAGAAUGCAGAGACUUUUUUGCAACUUAGGGAGGGAAAAUGUGAAGGAAAUGGAUCCUGAUGAACUUUUUUUUUUUUUUUUGCUUUUACUUUUAAUUUCACACAGGGCUGGUUGUUCCUUGUUUUGGUUCCUGUAUUGUCCAAUGCUGCGUGAUUAAAUCCUCGUUUUCA